AUGCGCGGGCUCUCAAAGCCAGAUCUGCUGCUUGACGAGGCGGAGGAAACCGACAACGACAGCUACGAUUCGGCCGCCGAGGACGAGUUCUACAAUGGCCAGGAUCCCGCAGACGAGGAUCCCUACAAGGGGCGCGUUUUUCACGGCUUCUCCAAGCUUCCUCCCGAACUACGCAUCAGAAUUUGGGAGCUUGUCCUGAGUGAGGAGGCGCAGCCUCGCAUCCUGCAUUUCGACAUCGGUCUCUUGCCCCGGCCGAUCGAUCCCGACGAUGAGAACGCCGAGAACGACGUCAUUACGGACUUGACUGUCCAACCCAAUAAAGAUCUCUACGUUGAAACCCAGCAGGUCCGAAAGAUAGUUGCCGUCAGCCGAGAAGCUCGUGACGUGGUGCUCAAGACUCUGCCCCAUACCCUCAGGCUUCGUACCAAAGGGGCGGCCCACGGCCCUGGAACGGUGUAUUUCCAUCGAGAUCGAGAUGUUGUUUACAUCAACGCUGGCAACAGUCCCCUUCAAUACAGGUGGAUGGAAGUAUGGCCUAGCGUCCACUGCGACUUCGAGGGCUUCGCAGAAAAUGUUUCUCAACUUGCCAUGAACUGUAACGUAUUCGAUGAUGAAGGCCUCUACGAACACAUUCUUGAGAAACUCUCCAACCUCAAGCGACUAUUCGUUCAUUGUGACGACCAUGACGAGCUGAGACGCGAGGACAAGAUAUGGGCAGGCUCCUAUUACGUCUACACACGCACAGUCGCCAUCAGGGAUAGGGGCAAUGGUUACUUCUUAAAGGAACAUGUCUGGCCAAAUGCUGACGAUUAUGAAGACCUUGCCCGGCAGCUCCCCGUCCCGACCAUGACUGGACUCGAGCUGCCCUCUCGUGAACGUCUUAGUCAGCUUGUUCAUGGUGCUAUGAUUCUCCCCAUGUUCGUGUUCGAAGAUCAAAGAGGCUACAAAGCCCUUGAGAAGCUGCGGUGGCUGUGGCAAAAGAGUUAUUCGAGAGGCGUCCCUGUUGAAGAACUCUCUGAUUCAUCAUCUGCCUCGGAUUCGGACGGGCUUUCGGAGGACAGCGAAUCUGACGAGUAUGAAAGCGAAGGAAUAGAUGACUCCGCAAUAAUAGAAAACGGCACCGACGAUGAUAGUGACGAGGACAAUCUGUCUGGGGAUCAGGUCUACGGCGACGAUGACAGCAAUGGGGGAGAAGACAACGACGAUGACGGCGACAGCGACAGCGACGCUAUCAGUGGCAGCCACAACGUCGUCAACGCCCACAAUGGAACCGCGGCCGCCUUUUCCAGCCCAGAGCCAGAACCAACUUCCGUCUCGGGGACACAAAAUUCUCGGAAACGACGCAUUGUUGCUGACUCCGAUGACGAGCUGCCCUCCGAAGUGCCUAGAAAAAGGCACGCUCGCAGUGGCAGCUUCUCAAUCAGUUCGGACACGGAUGAUGAAGGUGUUAGCGAGACGAAUGCUGCUAGAAAGCGCAGGAGACGUGCAGCGAUUAUUGACAGCGAUGACGAAGAUGACAAUGGCUCUGAGGACAGUCACAAGGGGAAGGACGAGGAGGAGGGUGAAACGGGAAGGAAAAACAAUCAUGGUGGCCAAGAAGAAGAAGAAGAUGAUGAUGACGACAGUGACGAUGUUGAAGAAGAUGGUGACGAUGACGAGGAAGACGAAGAAGAGGGAGUUGUAGAUGUAAGGCGGUUGAGUCUAGCUACCCGGCUUAACCUCGCACCGCCGAGACAUCGCUCGGCGCUGAACAGGCGAAAUGACUCUACCGACGAUGAAGAGGAUGACGAAGAGGAUGAAGAUGAAGAUGAUGACGAGGACGAGGACGAUGAUGAAGACGACGAGAGGUCUGAAGACGAUCUUAUUGACGGCAUUGCAGAGGAAUCGGACAUGUCAGAUUGA